AUGCCGAGCUUAACCCCAAAUCAUGCCUUUCAAAAUGCAGUCAAGUCAAUUCUUGAUGGCAAAGUACUCUCUGAAGUCGUCGAUCAGCUGCUGUCGCAGUUAACACCACACGAACGUCUUUCUCUUCUGGAUGGGGACACCCCAUUUUGGGACGGACUACGAACAAUUCUAUGCCAUCGUUACAACUAUGAGCCAUUUGUUCAUGGUAAUAUUCCUCGCCUAGGGAUUCCCGGCAUCCGCUUCACAGAUGGGCCUCGCGGCGUUGUCAUGGGCUCGUCGACUGCAUUUCCUGUCGCCAUGGCCCGCGGAGCUACCUGGGAUGUCGACCUUGAGCGACGGAUCGGUGAUGCCAUUGGACGAGAAGCCAAGGCACAGGGUGCGAACUACUUCGCCGGCGUGUGUGUGAACUUGCCCCGACAUCCGGCCUGGGGUCGCAUACAAGAGACAUAUAGCGAAAACCCCCUAAUGCUAGGAGAAUUCGGGUUGGCUCUCACGCAGGGAGUACAGAAUCAUAUCAUGGCUUGUGUCAAGCAUUUUGCCCUUAACUCAAUGGAAAAUGCUCGCUUUCGUGUGGACGUGCAGGUUGAUGAGGAUGUACUGCAUGAAGUUUACCUACCUCAAUUUCGGCGCAUAGUGGAGGGUGGCGUUGCCUCCGUCAUGUCGGCUUAUAAUUCGGUCAAUGGUGAAUGGGCUGGCCAGAACAAUCAUCUACUGACCGAUAUUCUGCGUGGGGACUGGGGCUUUGAUGGCUUCGUUCUAUCCGAUUUUAUUUUCGGCCUACGCGACCCUGUCAAAUCACUUCAAAAUGGGCUUGACAUUGAAGCACCAUUUGUCCAGCAGCGAGCCUUGGAGCUCAGCCGGGCAUUGGAAACUGGUCAGCUGGAUUCUACCGAUGUGGAUCGUUCAUGCGUCAGGAUCCUCAGUAAAGAGCUGGAAUUCGCUGCUCGCAAUGCUCACAGUCAGCCAGACACAUCGGUGGUGUUCUGUGAUGACCACCGAGCACUUGCCCGAGAGGCCGCCGCACGGUCUAUCGUACUCCUGAAGAAUGAGGCUAUCGAUGGCCGGUCGACCCUUCCAUUGGAACCUAGAAUUAUCACAAAAAUCGCCGUUGUGGGCCGGCUGUGCAACGUUGCCAACAUCGGCGACAAAGGCUCGUCCCAAGUGUUCCCCCCAAGCGUGGUAACUCCAUUACAGGGAUUACAGGCUGCUAUACCUUCAGUCGAGUUCUUGGUUUCAGACACAGACAGCGUAGAAGAAGCGAUGAAGGUUGCUUCUGAAGCUGAUGUGGUCAUCUGCAUUGUUGGGUAUAAUCAUGCCGACGAGGGAGAGUAUGUCGUCCCAGCGUUGCAGCAAGACCCCGUCCUAUGUGAACUCUUUCCGCCAGCCGUCACACCCAAAGAGUUGGAAAUGUAUGCCCUUCUCCAAGGUAAAUCUGCCGGGGUCGGCAAAGGAAUGGAAACAGCGUUGGAGGUAGGCGCAGGGGGUGAUAGGAAAUCAUUGCACCUAAGACCACAGGAUGAAGCUCUGAUUACCGCUGUGACCGAAAUGAAUUCCCGAACAGUGAUAUCCAUUGUGGCUGCUGGCGCAGUGCUUGUGGAGCCGUGGGAAAGCAAAGCCCCUGCCAUUUUGAUGAGCUGGUAUGGUGGCUCGGAAGGUGGCCACGCUUUGGCUGAUGUCCUCUUGGGUAAUGUCGAUGCUAGUGGCCGUUUACCAUUUUCUAUCCCACGGGACGAAGCCCACCUGCCAUUUUUCGACCGUGAGACCACGUCAAUCCGUUACGACCGUUGGUUUGGUCAGCAUCUGCUAGACAAGCUCGGUAUCGAUGCCGCAUUCCCCUUCGGCGCAGGACUUUCUUAUACCAAGUUUGCUGUGUCCAAUGUGCUCGUUGAUUCUAUUCGGGGAGGAAGAGCAUUGUCCGAGGUCACACACGAUGAAUCCAUUUCGGUUACAUUCACAACAACUAAUACUGGGACCCGGGCUGGACGGUACAUCGCCCAAGUCUACGGCCUGCCUGCCAUGUCGGAGUUUCCCACUCGCCUUUUGAUGGGCUUCAAGGUCAUUGACCUGGGUGUAGGGCAAUCUGUUACGUGCAAUGUGAUGGCUUCUCUAAGGCCCAUUCAACGCUGGGUGAAUGGCGAAUUCACGCUGCCUGUCAAGACUUUUGAUGUAGAAGUUGCAUCGUUUUCGGGAGACCCGGACUCAUCACGAGCGAAAUGUAUUUUAUGA